AUGGCGACCCUGCCUGCGGCCAUGGCCGACACUGCGGAUUUCCACUCCUUGAUACAGCAGGUGAUCGCGUGCUAUGAAAGCGAGCGGGCUCGCGGAGACCAGCUGCAGACCGAGAAGGCGUCCUUACAGUCGGACCUCCGCAAGGCGGCAACUCCUAUCGAGAGGCGCCCGAGCGUACCGCAGCUGCUCGCACCGCCUGAUGCUUCACCCAUGCAGGGCAGCGUCAAGGGUACUUUUCCCGCCGCCAGUCCCAUCGGGAAACCUCCGGCUCUCUACGCCAGCGAGGGCUCCGCCCUGGGCGAGGUGCCGAAGCAGGAAACACCCAGGUCACGACGAGGUUCGACCCUCUCGCAGAGCUCGUGCAACUCCCGGCAAUCCUACAAUUCCGAGGAUCCUGAGCACGAGGGCCCACCAGUGUCCCAGACACGAAGCUUAGUCUCAGCUGCAUCGGAGUUGACGCUCUUGCCGCUCUGGACGCAGGAGCACCGUCCCAAGUCACGGCGGAUGAACAGCUCUUUCAACAUCCCGCGGUCGAAGUCGUGGGUCAGCAACAACACCUUCACAAGCCUUGACGACUAUGCAGCGGCUCACAAUACCACUGGCCUGCGCUCUGGUGAUGUACUGACCGAGCAUAGCAUCAUCCAGAAGUUCAUGCUCAACCCGAGUGGGUGGGUUUCAGUGUUGUGGGAUUUCGUCUCGGUCGUCUUCGUCUUCUACGACCUCAUCACGCUGCCCCUGCAGGUCUUCAGCUUCAGCAGCUGGUUUCUGUCUGCUGGUGACACGGGCGUGGCUUUGGUCUGGACCCUGGACAUUCUGGUUUCCUUCUUGCGUGGAGUGACGGAUGGUGGGGCCGUGGACAUGCGUCCCAGCUACGUUGCCAUGAAGUACAUCAGGACCUGGUUCUGCGUGGAUGUUUCCGUGGUGGUCACUGACUGGAUUCUCCUGCUAUCAAACGGCAUGGAUGACAUGGAGCUUCUGCAAGUGCUGAGGAUGCAGAUUGGGUAUCCAGGUCUCCUUCUUGAUGUGCAGGCCAAGGAGUGGACGGUUCUAGGGUAUCAAUCCGACCAACUAUCGGGUGACUUGGUUCAGUGUUACAUCAGUCUGAUGGACUGGCAAGCUAGCUGCUGUUUCUACGUGACCUGUGUGGUUGGCUCGUGCGCUACGUCUCGUGCAAAUGUCACGGGUUGA